CUCUCAGAACCCAGAGAGAACAACCACCAAAAACUAACAGCACACACAAACACUUCCCUCCCUCAAGAUUUGAAAGUAUCCUGUCCCCUGAUUGGUCCUCUGGUCAGGUGACAGCAAGGCUCACUGAACUUGUUAACCCUUUACAGUCAAAAGAGACAUGAAGUACUCCUGUUCUAUUAACCCGUAACUAUCUGUUUAUGACAACCCCAAACUACGUAUUUCAGUGAAUAAAUAUAUCAAUCUAGCUAAAUUUCAAAAGCAAGUGUUGCUUCAAAGUGAAAAGUGCAAAUGGUUCCUUUGGAAUAUGUCCAAGAAACACUUCCACUUCUCUGAAUUUUUUUUCAUCUGAAACUAUUUGGCAAAUUCAAUCUGAAUAUGUGACGUUUUAGUCGACCCCAAACUACAUAUUUCAGUGAAUAAACCGUAUCUCCAAAUGAUGUCACUCAGCUGUGCUGGCUAGCACAAGAAAUACACAGCUCUAGACAAAACAGCCAGCACACCUACAUGCAAUACCCUGGCUUGGGUUCCUCACUGCUAGGGAAUGUGCAAUGCUUUGGCUUUGGACAGACUUCCGUGGGGUGCCCCAUAUCCUUUCCCCGCAGCUCGCGGCUUUUCUUCCAAAUCAAGGUGGUUUUCCCACUCAGCUAGCUUUCUCUGACUUUGUCUGGUCCACAGUUAAACAGGAAUCUCCUCCCAGCUAUCAAAGCAUGCCCAUCUCCUCCCCUCUCAUUCCGGUCUUUGCCUGGCUUCUGCCUGAAGUUUCCUGCUUCUGUGAGUCUUCUCUCCAGUUAAUGUGUCCCCAUCCCAGCACCUGGUGUCUCUGCUUCUCCCUGGUUGAUUUUUUUGCUUCCCCCUGCUGGCACAGGAACCGGAGGGGUGGACCCUGCCAAUCUCAGAGAACCCAAUUUCCAAGGUGUGUCUGCCUGAAUGGGUGACCAUUUAAGGUCUAACAAAUGAACAUUCUCCCUAGUUUUGCUGACCCAUCCCUCCCCGGUCAAGAAAACGUUGGGCUCCACAUGAAGGCUCCAUAGCCCAACAAUUUCAUAAUACCGACUUUACACAAUCAGCUGGAAUUCCCGAGAUGGAUGGGGCAGAUCCCCAAAUCGUCACUGGAGUGAUGCCAAGAGAAGAGCGACAGAGCCAAAAAAACAGAGUUGAAAAUGACACUUAAACCUAAACCCCACUAUAAACUCAAUCCCAACUCCCACGAUACCCUUAACCUUAACCUCAUAAUAACCUUAACCCCAAGCCCCAUGAUAUCCUUCACCUUAACCCCGCAAUACACUUAAUCCCACGAUAACCGUAACCUUCAAAGCCAUGAUAUCCUUCAUGUUAACCCCAUGAUACUCUUUACCCCAUGAUAACCUUAGCCCCAAUCCGCACAAUAUCCUUAACCCUAAAUCCAUGAUAUCCUCUACCCCAUGAUAACCACAUCCCUCACCUAGGCACUGUCCUUGUCACUCUCUUCUGAGCACACUCAGUUGGCAAUAACAGAGGGGAAGUGAAAAUCACCACCCAGUGACCUGGGCCAUCACACUUUUUCGUUUGGUUUUCUAGCACGCCCGUACUGGGGUGACACCAGGCAGAGCAGAAUGAAAGCAGUCACAACCUGUUCAGCAUGUUAAAUUUAGCAGCUGUUAUUUCUUUGCUUAGGUUCCCAGAAAAUCAGUCUCCGUUAUUCUCUAUAGAUCUAGGGAGGGACACACAGAUGCCCAUAAAAACCUGCCCCGGCACUUACAUUGCCCAGUCGGGCUUUGGUUGGAGCACUGGAGGCAGCUGCAUGCAGCCAAGACAGGCCUGGGGAAGGCUGAACCAUGGAAUGUCUCUGUUCCCCAGUGGCCCUAGCACUGCUGGCGAUGACCCUGCUGCAGGCUCUUUCCCCCAGUCUGCCUAUCGUGUGAACCUCGGGGAGCACCAGCAGUCCAAUCCCUCCCCAAGCUGGGUCUCGUCCACUGUGCGCCAGAUCCUUGUCCACCCCGAUUACAACAGGGGGACCCGUGCAGCUGACAUUGCCCUAGUGCAGCUGGCAGAGCCAGUACGACACACCGACAAAAUCCUCCCUGUCUGCUUGCCUGGCCCCUCCGACUCCGUCCCUGACAAUCACAUGUGCUCUGUCACUGGUUGGGGGAGAAUAGACUCUGAGGUCUCUCUCCCACCCCCCAAGAUGCUGCAGGAGGUUCAGGUCCAGCUGAUCGACACUGCAGCCUGCAACGCCCUCUACAACAUCAACACGGCCUCGAACAUCGGCAGGGACCCCAUCAAACCCGACAUGAUCUGUGCCGGCUACGCCGAAGGGCAGAGGGACUCCUGCCAGGGGCCAGUUUGUGAAGUUGUCCAUAGCGACCAGCCAACAUUUGCUUCUAGAUUCUGUCUCCAGCAAAGCCUCAACCAUGUCAGCAGCAACGGGCCCCAUCAGUGCCCCUAACAAGUUACCGCCGCGUCCUGGCGCUGGCUGUCUUAGGUGAGCUCUUUUUCACAAGCAGCAUCACGUUUCCUGCCUCUGAUUUCUACAUCCACCCAGCAGAAAUUUGCCCUUCGCUUGGCUAAGGUUUUUGCAACCCUCAAGUGUCCAGUAAUUUUAAGAUCAUGACAUAACCCUUUUCAGAGUGUCCUUUUCCAGUGUCUCUGGAACAACCAGCUGAUCCCUGGACUCAUCACUUGCUGGCGCUUCACUCCCAUCACCAGAUGGCAGCAGAAAGCUCCUUCCUCAGCACAAGGCCGGAUAAAAGAUUUCAGAUGACACUUUUUUUUCAGCUGUGAGCUGUUUUGGCAGGAGGAAAGAAAUCCCACAGAUUGCAAAAUGUUUUGAUGAUCAAUUUUACGAAAGAAAAAGCACUAGGGGGCUCUGGGACACCCCCAUGCUAGACCCCAUGCCCCACCCAAAGCUGAGGACAGAACCCAGGAGUCCUAGCCCCCGCUCCUCUCCCAGAGCCAGGUACAGAACCCAGGAGUCCUGGCUCCCAGCCUCCCCUGCUCUGACCCACCAGCCCCCACUACCCUCCCAGAGCUGGAGAGAGAACCUAGGUAUCCUGGCUCCCAGCCCCGCCCCCCCCCCAAGAAGUGGCUAUUAACAGCCUUCCCUCUGGCUACACCUCUCCCACCCCUGGGAGCCGAUCUCCUGCGGGGCAGCGCCCGGCUGCGGGGCAGGAGGAAACAGAAACCAGCAGAGGUUUUACUUUCAGUUCUGCUGGAGAAAAUGCUGAGGAGACAGAGUAAGCUGUGGGGCAGGUCAUGGAGGGAGAGUGGGGAACUACCAUCCCCGGGGGGGGCAGGAUCUCCCCCUCCAGUCGAUUUCCCCCUCCGGGGCAGAUUUGCCCCCUCUCCAGGCUACCCCCGCCCCCAGAUGUCUGUGACUCUCUCUCGGUGGGAGGCUGCUCUGGUUCCCCCUUAGCUUGGAACACGCACCAGCACCAGCAACCAGGCCAGCUGGGAGCCCAGCCCCUCCCCACAAGGCCAGCCCCAUGUGUGCCCUGAGGCUGGACAGCUCGGAGAUGGGGGGUGAUCUGGGCCAGCCCCCGGCUGGGUAAGGACACAGGACAAUGGAGGCCCCAGUCCCAGGAGGCCUUUGGGGCGGGGGGGCUGGAAGCUCCUUCACUGGAUGGUUUAAGAAGGAGGCUGCGAAACCAUCUGUCCUGAGUGGUUCAGACACAACAAAUCCUGCAUCUUGGCAGGGGCUGGGACUGGCUGACCCUGGGGUCCCCCUGACCCUGUGGCUCUCUGCUGAGAAGCCCCCUGCACUUCUGACCCGGGGCCCUUGUCUCUCCUCCCCUCCACCGCGAGGACCAGAGAUUUGCAGUCAAAUCCACAGCAGAGUGUUUACACCCGUUUCCCCAUUUUGGGCCCCGGGUGGUUUCUCUGACUUCUGAGCUGUUUCCCUUUGGAGGAGAAAUUGGGGCGAGGAGCCAGGCCUGCUUUUUGCU